ACCGCCCAUGUCAGUGGGUGCGCGUAAACCGAGUGAGCGUCGGGAGUAUCAUCGAACUGUCAAAACAGACAGCGAAGACGUCAAAGACCAAAAUAUUUUUGUUACGGAUUUCGGUAAUUUCGCGAUUCGCCCGGUGUUUAUGACUUAAAAACGGAAAAUGUGUUAUGAGUGUUGUGUGGUGGUUUGUUUUUGAGUGAAUUGAGGAUUAUACUGCCAACAUUUAAUCAGGAAUUCAAUAAGGAUUUGCGAAGAAAACCAACUUUAGUCACAAUGUUCAAAAGUUUCAUCAAAGGCGUGACAUCGGACCGCGACGAUAAAGAUAAGAGGAAGCGAGACAAAAAGGACCGGAAAGAAAAACAAAAAGUCGACCGGACAACGCUGUCGGCGGAAGAACUUAUGCGAUUAGAGAUUCGUAAAUCAAUAAAACUCCGUGGUCGCCGCAAAGACAAAGAAAAACUGCCGUCUGGAAUAACUGCAGAUUAUACAGCAGACUUCUUGGCCAGUCUAGCAAGAACUGACUCUCCUCUAUCGACGAUACCGGGAUCGCCAAAUCAGGGCAGUCAUUUCGAGGGCUACACCCAAUCGGAUAGUUCAGAGACCAGUCUGAACUCGUUAAACCAAAAAAACCUACCGCCGUUACCUCCGAAGCCUCCAAAGAGAGGCAUCCUGAAAACUCCUAAAGUUACCUUAACGCAAGACAAUACCUCAAACGGUGUCAAUGGACAUAACAAUGGCUUCGACAUGGGCGACCAUGUGGAUUUAGCGAGGAACACAUUACAAAAUGAGCUGAUCACAUACCAAAAUGUUCCUGGACAGAACGGGUUCUGUUCGCAGAGUAUGAGCAGUCAGUUGCUGGUUAUAACUUCGACUUCACCAAGUGCCGAUAGUUUGACGGAUACGACAAAUAGUUCGUUUGCCACGCCGCCGUUUUCCUUGAGCCCGGUGGGGGAAUCACAAGGAUUUCAUCGGUGGUCGAGAACGUCAAACUUUGACGAUAUAAGUCUACCUCUUCCAGAGAUUGUCCCGAUAGUUUUACCAAAACCUAGAACCUUAGUGGUACAAAGGCAAAAACCACCUAGAAGCGAUUUUGGUUUUUCGUUGAGAAGGGCCAUGGUAUUGGAAAGAACCGGGCACGGCACUUUAGAAGGUGGUGUGAGUAUGCGCGCUGUGAUAUUUGCCGAACCGGGCGCGAUGGUACAGCACCAUAACGAAACCGGGUUGCUUCCGGGCGAUAAACUUUUGGAAGUGAACAGCGUACCCGUCGAGGAUCGAACUAGGGAGGAAAUCAUCGAUAUGAUCAAAGCGUCCGGUGACAGUGUCUUAUUAAAGGUUCAACCUGUAGCAGAACUUAGCGAAUUAAGUAAACGAUCAGCCCAUGAUGGAGGCGAAGUUAUUCUAGACGACUCCAACAUAAGAGGAGGAACCCUAAAACGAUCGGGAAGUAGAAGAUUUGAUAAAUCCGCAAUGGCUAAAUCCGAGGAACAUCUCGAGCAAGAAAAGUUAUGGCUGGACUCAGAAAAAGUCUGGCUGAUGCACAGGGGCGGAUUCGCGGCUGCCAGACGAGAGGACGAUCCGAGCCCCGAUCCCGGCAAAAUUACCAUCAGAUUGGACCAAUCUGGGGAGCUACUUGUGGUGGACGAAGACGAUAUAGAAACGGCAAAUCCUCCACAAUUUGAUAGAGCUGAAGACCUGGCGGCAUUACGACAUUUGAACGAGUCAAGUGUUCUUCACACCUUGAGACAAAGAUACGCCACUAAUCUUAUACAUACUUACGCUGGAUGUGGAACGCUUUUAGUCAUUAAUCCUAUGGCCCCGUUAGCGAUAUAUUCUGAAAAGGUGGUGGCUCUAUUUAAGGGCUGUAAAUCCGAAGACAUGCCUCCGCACAUCUACUCAAUGGCCCAGUCCGCAUUCCACAACAUGCAAUCAAGCCGCAGAGACCAGUCGAUAGUAUUUCUAGGACGAUCUGGCUCGGGAAAAACAUCCAGCUUCAGACACUGCGUUCAGUAUUUUGUCACUGCCGCCGGCACGGUCAACAACGUGCUCAAUUUGGAGAAACUCACCGCCAUGUGGACCUUAUUGGAGAGUUUCGGCAACUGUAAAACCGUGAUGAACACCAACGCCACCAGAUUCACCCAGAUUUUUAGUGUGGACUUUGACCAGAGCGGUGCCAUAGCUUCUGCCAGCAUUCAGGUGUUACUGCUCGAAAAGAAUCGGAUUGCCAAGAAGAUUGACGGAGAAACCACUUUUCACAUAAUGAAUCGACUUCUUUGUGGUGUAGAGGGACCUUUACGUAAAGAACUUUUCCUCGAUAAUCUUUCGGGCAACGAAAAUAAUUCACUGAUGAAUAUGCUACAGAAGCACGAGGAUAAGCAGAGGGCACAACAAGAUUUUCAGAAAACUUGUCUGGCACUGAAUGCUUUGGGUGUAACAGACACAGAACAGAAAGUGAUAUUUUCUGUACUGGCUGCUAUCUUUCACUUAGGCUGUGCCGGUGCUGUGAAAGCGGGGAACAAUAAUAACAGAUACCAAUUUAGCAACCCGCAAAGUGCGCAGCGUGCAGCAAUCCUUCUAGGCACCACUGUGGAGGAACUUUCAAGGGUUAUAUUUGGUUUAUCUUCCGGCGGAAUGGUAACCCCUAAUCAGCCGAGAGCUCCCUUUAGGACACCAUCGCCUACAGAUAAGGGCCUAGAACGCGAAGCUGUCGGUAUAGAGGCUUUGGAAGGCAUCGCGAUGGGAUUGUAUUCCGAGGUCUUUAACUGUGUGGCAAAUUUAAUUAAUAGAGCUAUCACUGCCAACACCCACACCACUACCUCCAUCCUGCUAGUCGAUGCUCCCGGCUUUCAAAAUCCAGCCACGUGUGGUCGACAGACCGGAGCAACAUUCGACGAUUUGUGUCACAAUUAUUUCCAGGAGAGAUUGCAGCUGCUGUUCCAUCACACCAACCUUGUGGCACCUAAAGACAGAUAUAUUCAAGAAAAUAUUGAGUUUACUUACGACGAAAACGAAAAUGAAAAUUUAAUUAACCCGUUACCCCUCGUCAAUUUGUUGGAUAAAACGGCCCAAAAUACCGUGAUUAGAACUUCGCAAACUGAUCUACAUGAGGCUGACAGAAGAGGGAUGUUAUGGCUACUUGACGAGGAAUCUAUUUAUCCUGGAGGUAGCGACGAUUCAUUCUUAGAUCGAUUGUUUAACCAUUACGGCGAUAGGGACCAUCAGUUGUUGCUCAGAAAAGCGCCCGGAAACAACCAGUUUAUUUUGCAACAUCUGCAAGGAACUAACCCUGUACUUUACUGUGCCAAGGGAUGGUUAAAACAAAGCCGAGAAAAUCCGGUUUCGAGAGCCGCAGUGACGCUAUUACAAGAGAGCUGCAAAGAGGACAUUAGCAAACUUUUUGUAGCUAUAAGAGGACUAGGUGCGUCAAAUUUCAGCGCAUCUGCGAUCGGCCUUGAUGGUUCUCAAACUUUAAGGAGAGCCUCUAGCAUCAGAAGAACCUUUACUGGUGGUCCUGCUGCCAUUAAGAAGAAGAGUAUUUGCUUACAGACCAAGUUUACGAUUGACGCAGUAAUCGAGACUCUGAGAAGAACCAAAUCCAGAUUUGUGCAGUGUAUUCUACCUCAACAUAACGCCGGUCUUUGUGAGAGUAACGGUUCUCUUAUUAAUUUCCGUUCAUCUACAGGAAAUGCUGACGAUAGUUUGAUAAAUGUGCCACUUCUAAGAUCACAGAUAAGAGGUGCUCAAAUACUAGACGCCGUGCGACUUUAUAAGCAAGGAUACCCCACCUUUAUGCCCUUGGCCGAAUUUAGACGUAAAUUUGGAAUAUUGGCCGGCGAAAAUAAGGCAACCAGUCCGGUACUUGACGAGAGGAAAGCGGUGGAAGAUAUGCUGCUGGCUAUCGACUUGGAACCUUCCAGCUACAGGGUUGGAUUAAGUCAGAUAUUCUUCCGUACUGGCGUAGUCUCUCAAUUGGAAUCCCAACGCGAUGAACGGCUGGCAGGCGUGGUCAUUUCCCUUCAGGCACACUGCAGAGGGUACCUGGCACGCAGGAAAUUACAACAACGGAAAUUACAAGAUUUGGCGGUGCGGUGUAUCCAGAGAAACGUGAGAAAAUUCAUGUUGGUUCGCGAUUGGCCGUGGUGGCGGCUGUUGGUGCGCGUUACACCUUUACUAAACGUCCAUCGGACUGAGGAGGAGCUUAGGGCAAAAACAGAUGAACUAGAAGCUCUGAAGCAGAAGCUUCAGAAAAUAGAGUUAGAGAGAAUUGCCUUUAAGAAUGAUAAUGAUCUUCUAGAAGCGAAGUUAAGCGAAAUGACGGCAGAUUUGGCAGAAGAGCAUUCUACGGCCACUCUCGCAGCUGAGCGGCUUGACGCAGAAACUUCAGAAAGGUUACGGCUCGAGAAGGAACUUUCCGAGUCCAAACAUAGAAAUAAGGAGUUGCAACAAUCAUCGGAACGAUUAGAGUUAGAGCUACUAUAUGCCCGCUCAGAUUUGAAUGGGAUUUCUGAAGAAGACGAGGAUGGAAAUGACGGGGAUGGAGUGUAUAAGCAAAGAUACGAGAGAGCUCUAAAGGAACUUGAAUUUACGAAGAGAAGACUGCAGCAGCAACACGAGGAUGACUUGGAACAGCUGGUGGGACUUAAAAAGCAAUUAGAGAAGAAGUUAUCCGAUGCUUAUGAAGAAGUGGAAGAGCAGCGACAAGUAGUGGGCACCUGGAAGCGAAAAGUCCAAAAACUCACUGGUGAAAUGAACGACCUGAAGCUAAUGCUAGAAGAGCAAAGUAGCAGGAAUAAUUUACUGGAGAAAAAACAAAGGAAAUACGAUUCAGAAGCGGCAUUACUCCACGACGAAUUGAAAAAAGAAAAACAGUACAAAGACAGACUGUCUCGCGAAAAGGAACUAAUAAUGGCCGAAAAAUACGCCAAAGACAGCGAAUUGGCCGACGUAAAACUAGAACUAGAACUAAAAGAAGAAAGACUGGCCUGCCUACAAAGGGAAUUCGAUGAGGUCACUUGUGGCGGUAAAACUGAAGAGGAAGUAACCGUUCUACGUAAACAAAAAAUCGACUGUGAGAGAAAGAUGCAAGACCAAGAAGAGGAACUGGACGAGUUAGCUGGCCAAGUUCAGCUGCUGGAACAAGCCAAGUUGAGACUAGAAAUGACUCUGGAGUCGAUGAGAAAAGAGGCCAAAAAAACUGCACAAUUACAAGAAGAAGAGUUAGAGGAGGUCAGGUGUAAUGCUCAAAAAAAAGUCAAAGCAUUGGAACAACAGUUGGAAAAUGAACAUGAAGAACGCACCAUUUUGCUGAGAGAGAAGCAUGAACUUGAGAGGCGAUUACAGUCCUUAGCGGACGCUGACAGGCAAGACAGAGCGGGAGACGAAGCUCUACUACAAAGACUUAAAAGGGAUCUGAAGAGGACGAAGGCGUUGCUCAGAGAUACGCAAGCUCAACUCGAGAGGCAGAAGGCGGAAACUCCAGGCAAAAAUAUGAUCAGGCAACUUAGGAACCAAUUAGAUGACCUCGAGUGUGCCAGAGCGAUAGCCCUUAAAACGAAGCAAAGCUUAGAGCAAGAAUUGUCGGAGAUGCAAGCGCUUCUGGAGGAAGCUCAUAAGCAAAAGGCCGAAGCCGAAGAUAGAGCGAACGCGAUGCAACGGGAAAAGUCUGAUAUCCAGACCCAACUUGAAGAGAAUGAGGAGGAAUUGGCGGAAGUGUUGAAGAAAUAUAAAGCUGCUGUGCAACAAAUGUCUGUUGAUCAAAUGACCCUACAAGAACAAGUAUCCAUAGUAUCAGAGCUAGAGGUUGAAAGAAAUCACUUAAAAGAACAACUGGCAGAGCUGACCUCAAAACUGGAAAGUGCCGAAAGUAUGGGAGGAGCUUCUUCCAAUUUACUAUACAGAAGAGCUGAACUGAAAGUAAAAGAGCUAGAAUCAAAAUUAGACUUGGAGCAGACAACGAGGUCCAGAUUAGAAGUUCAAAUAGCGCGACUAAAGGAAAACGUUGAAAAGUUACAGUCAGACAUCACGUCGUCCAGGAUAAAAGAGCAACAAGCCCAAGAUGAAGUUAGAAAACUGCAAAGACAUGCCAGGGAGCUCAAGGAAGAAUUAAAUAAAAGUUUAGCGAAAGAGUCUGAAGUGAUAAUCAAAAAGAAAGAUUUAGAAAAACGGUGUGAAAGCUUGGAAGCGGAGUGUUCCAGUACCCGAGCCGAAUUGAGGUUGGCCUUGAAGCGGAUCGAAGACCUUCAAUCGGCCAUCCAGGGUGAAUUGGAGGAUAGUAUUUCUAAUGAAUCAGAUAGUGAUGAAGAUAGUUACGGUUCGGAUGAAUCGGUAAAUACAUUUUUAGCCAAUCACAAACUAGCGUCGCCAGUUAAGAGUGAAAAGUCUUCCAUAGCAAACGAUGCCAGGAGACUGUCUUCAAGUACUAGCCGCUCCAGUACAUCUAGCAAUUUAGGCAAAGACUCGUCGUAUGCCUGAGUAAAGGAGUCGCUCUGCAGAACCAUCUCGAUGACGUUUUGCAGAAGAGAAGCGACCACAGAUGAAGACAGUGUCAUCGUCGAAUUUGUCUAGACAAUACACGUGAUUUUACUACGCCCUUAAUUACCACCGACCGAUAUAAUAUAUGCCAUUUUAUUAUCGUUAGCAUACAAAUCAAAGACAUAACUUUUUAACAAGAAUUUUAUCUGCAACUGCAUAAUAUAUUAUAUUUAAUAUUACUCACUAUAUAAAAAAUACUUUCUUAUAGCCAAAUAAUUUCAACGAAAUUUUUAAAUAUAUACAGUACGUUAGUGAAUAGGUGCCUAAACAACAUAAAUUGCUCUUAUGACAUUUACUUGUAAGAAUGCUUGGUAGGAAAUUUAGUAAGUAUUAUAUCAUAUCGGAAUAAUUACGUACAGGACAACAAAGUAGAGUUUUAUAUGCGGAAUCGCUCUGUUACAUCAGGAUUUUGAUAUUGCUCAUUCUUUGCACAGUUUUAAGAUUAUGGAGAUAUUUUUUUAGGAUCUACAGGGAGUUUAGUAUAAAAAGUACUAGAAAUUUAUAAAUAAAUUAAAUGCGGCUUAAUUUUCAAGCAAUCUCCUUCAAAAUAACAUUCAUGCACCGCUAUUAGGUUGCGAUGCACUUGAGCCUCUCGGCGCAUUCUGCUUGAUCUCAUCUAUAUGAACCGAAAUCUCUUUCCUUUUUGACCGAAAUUGCGUUUACUUUUUUGACGUUUCGUUGUUGUUUGAUGCGGCUGAACGUCUGGAAUGAGGCAACUCCUCUUACAAUAUAGGUCCGUUUAUAAAGUCGUGGUAUCAAAAGGAGUUUUUGAUCAGGGCAGACUUGCCAAAGAGUUCUUUCGCAACAUUUUCAAUUUAUCAGCACACGAAAUUCGUUAGAAACAUAAACUCUUUGAUCUAUAUACCUAUCCAUAUUAAAAAGAGAUGCCAAGUAGAGACUAAUGUUGCAUUUGGGCUAAAAUAUUGAUGAGAUGUCCAUUAAGGAAUGUUCCACCCUAUAAACUUGGGAUCGUAAAGUUUAAGUAUAUAUCUUUUUUUGUUCGCUGAGACAACGCAAUUUCCAUAAAAUCAUUAAUCUUGAGCGGCUUUGGCUUGAAUUUUUCGACUUCGACACGUCUUCGAGGAGCCCUUCAGUUGAUUGUUGACUUGUCUACAUGUCAAAGUCGUAGAAUCACGUCUCGUCACCAGUAAUUAUGAGUUUCAUAACGUUCAGGUCAUUAUUCGCUUCAGAAUUCAUCUAUUUGUUGUUGCUUUUGCACGAAAUUCGGGUCUUUUAAAACGACCAAUAUCUUAUUACUUAUAUCAAUCAGCACAUGAAAUUCGUUACCAACACAAACUUUUUAUAUUAAAAUGCGACAAAAAUAGCAAUAACUAAUAAGAAAGAUACUAAUAAUGUAUUGGCGGCUGGCGCCUAAAUAUUCACGGAAAUAUGAGUUUAAUCUAAGUCUAAAUUAAAAAUUCCUGGUACUUUUUGAUCAGAGGAUAUACUAUUUAAAAUAACUAAGUUGGUGUCAACCUCCGAUAAACGAAACUCCCUGUACAUAUGAUCAAACUUGGAUGCCAUUUGAAAGAGAAAGACAUUUUUGCGAAAAGAACUGCCGUACCUAUAAUAAGCUCACCCUAAACAAAAACGCGUCUUUGGCACUUGUAGGUUAGGUUACGUCAAAGUCUUAAGGUGACAGAUCGAUUCUGUAUAGUUUGGUUUAAAAAAAUAGUUGUCCAGUAUUAUUUGCCACAGUAUGUUGAGUGCCGGGCUCCUCUGUCAGCCCUGUACUUUCACGCCUGUAAAUUACCUUCCAGUUCGCGCCAUUACGUUGUUUACUUUUUAGAAUGAUUUAGUUAUUUAAAAAAAAAAACAUGUUCUAGACAUUUUGUUAACUGUUUGUGAUAAGACUGAGUUAAGACGCUAGAUUUGGGAACUUUUAUUAUAUUAAUUGGUUGAAUUGCUUUUGGCGAGCGAAUAACAGUUUAGUUAUGCAAGGAAUUUAAAAAAAAACAAGGAAGCAAAAUCUUUAGUGGCUUAGUGGUUAGGACGCAAUAAACAAAACAAAUAUAUAUUUAACUAAAAUAUAUUAUUUAAUUUUGUCUGACAUGAAAACUUUUCUUGCACAACGGAAACAAGUUUAUUUUAUUCUUUUUUUUUUACCCAAUUAAAAUGAAAGUAGCAUAAACCAUUUUAAAUUCUAAAUAAAAUUAUUUAUUGUUACGAAAAGAGAGACAAAAUUAUUUGUUAGAACGAUCAUGACGUUAUUAUAAUUUGAGUUAUUAUUGUAGAAUUAUUUUGUUGUAUAUACCCUUAAAAGUUUCUGUAAUUUUUUGUGAAUAGCUAGCCGAGUAAUAUAACAUACUAGUAAUUUUUUUAUUAAGUUAAACCUCGUACCUUAAAACUAUUAAAUAUGCGUAAAUCGUGCACCCUGUAUAGUAUAAGUUUAAUGUUGUGAAAUAUAAUUAUUGUUUAUCGAAUUAAA